AUGUCUUCAAAACUCGAUCAGUCUCUGGAUGAGAUUCUCGCUGAGCGCCCUCGUGUUGGUGCCGCUGGCCGUCGCGGUGCCAGGAGUGGCAAUGCUCCCGCUGGCGGUAUCCGCAAACGCCCUCAGCGGGCUGCCGCACAAAAGGCAUCCGCAACUAUCACGCAGAACGCUACCAAGACUGUGCCAACUGGCCCGUCUGGAAAGGUCGCUGGAUCUAAAAUUAUUGUUUCUAACUUGCCCUACGAUGUGGAUGAGGCUAUGAUCAAGGAAUAUUUCACCAAGGUUGUCGGCCCAAUUAAGCGUUGCGUCAUCACCUAUGGACCAAACGGCCAGUCACGUGGAAUUGCAACUGUUGAAUUUUCUCGAGCUUCUGACGCCGCCACCGCAGUCCAAAAAUACAACGGUGUUGAGGUCGACAAAAGGCCGAUGAAGGUUGAACUUGUUGUGGACCCCACCGCGCCAGCUAGUUUCGCAGACCGCAUCGGUGCACCCAAGCAGGUUCCCGUAGCUCCAGCUCGCGGUGCUAAAGGCAGACGUGGGGGCCGUGAUGCACGUGGUGGACGCUCUGGCAAUCCUAGCCGAAAGAAGCCAACCGCCGAGGAAUUGGAUGCUGAUAUGGCAGACUACUUCGUUGGUGGAACUUCCGGGGCUGCCACAGCCGGCGGGGCUGCCCCAACUGCGGUUGGGGCCAGCAAUGGUGAUGUUGGGAUGGAUGAUGACGUUUUGUAA